AUGACUACGAAUUGUCAAGAAAUUCCUAUUUGUGGUUAUGUUUCUGCAAUUACGCAUGAAAUUCCUACCUUUGGUUCUACUUCUUGUUUUGGUUCUUUUAUUGUUAUUGCAAAAGAGAAUGCUCGAUUUUUUGGAUAUGAGAAUUUACAUUCGCCUGUGGCCUCUUUUGUUGAGAUGGACGGCUGUACUAAAUGUUUGUUAUCUUCUACCUCCAAAUGGGUUACUGAUUCAGGUGCUUCGGAUCACAUGACAGGUAAUCAUCAUCUCCUGUCUGAUUUUCGUACUCAUACAUCGACAUCCCAUGUUACCAUUUUUGAUGGGUCUACCCCACAAGUUCUAGAAUUUGGCACAGUUGAUCUUGGCCCAUCUAUUUCAUUAUCUUCAGUGUUGAGCCUCCCUAAUUUCUAA